AUGAAAAUUUUUAUUGGUGGAUUAAGUUUUGAUACCACGGAUGAGACACUUCGAAAUUACUUUGCUAAAUAUGGAGAUAUUGCUGACAGUGUAGUGAUAUGCGAGUCUGGUUCAAGGAAACCGAGAGGUUUUGGAUUUGUUACCUAUAAAGAUGUAACUAGUGUUAAGAAUUGCUUAGCUGGUAUACCUCACCAGAUUGAUGGUAAAACUGUUGAAGUCAAGCAUGCAGUACCAAGAGAAAGUAAUGAAUUAGCAGCACCUCAUGAACGACGCUCUAAAAAGAUUUUUAUUGGUGGACUUGGAGCAUCAACUACUGAAACUGAAAUUCGCCAGUAUUUUAAUCAAUUUGGUAAAAUAUUGAAUAUCGAUCUGAAAAAAGAUCGUGACACCAAUGUUUUAAGAGGUUUUGGAUUUGUAGUAUUUGAAGCCGAAGACUCUGUAGAUAAGGUCUUAACUGCUAGGUGA